UUUGGAGACGCUGAUAUGGACGCUCGCUGUGUUUCUGUCAUCUCCGUGCUGCUGCUGGCGGUCUUCACAGCUGCAGCCGAUGCCGGGGCCACAAGAUGUAGAGUAGAGGACUGCCCCAACUUCAGAGCCAUACGGUACUACGAGGAGCUGGGCUGCGUUCCAAGUGACGGCUCCAGAGAAUGCUGCCCCAGCCGCUUCGACUGCAGUACACUUCUGUCGUUGGACAAGGCAAAGUGCUAUUACAAAGGGAAAACUUACGAACCUGGCGUAGAAACAGGGGAAGAACUAGACUUCAAGUGCAUACCGAGUUGCGAAUGCAGUAGCGAUACGGACGGAACGAAUGGGGGAGAAUCAGCCUUCAACUGUUAUGGAUAUGACUGUGCAUUACUCGGCGUUCCUCUAGGUCGAGAGGCAGAGUGCUACCAGACAGAUAAUCUAGAUGGAUGCUGCCCCACUGGAGUGCGCUGUGUGAAUGAUACCGAAAUUCCUCCGGCCGAGUGCUCAUACAGGGGGAAGACAUACUUCGAAGAUCAGAAAAUAGAUGGAACUUCCUCAGAGUGCAAGCUGUGCAUCUGCCAAAAAGGAUUUGACGGAACCUUGGAUGGACCCUGGUGUAGGAGACAGACGUGUGAGUACUCCCUGGAUCACAGGGCUUCUGAACUAAGGGGAUGUGCGCCGGUAUUCCGUGAGGGCGAUAACUGUUGUGCUUCCCGAUUUCACUGCCCUUCUGCGGACGAUAGUGUGGUGAGACAUUCAGAGUCUACAACACAGAAUGAAGUUGCAGGCGACCAGUGCUCCUUCGGAGAGCACAGACUGAACAUCGGCGACGAACUUGCGGUCGGCAGCAGCCGCUGUGUCAAAUGCAGGUGUGACGUGCCUCCGUUCAUAGUGUGCACGGAGACAUCUGAAUGCGACGCACACCUCGAUUCAUAACUUGCACAUAGAGUCCAGAUCUUGGAUGAGACGAACAUGAUUUUAGGUCUUCAGACGUUUAUAUAUCAGAUUACGAUUUACAUGUCACAUUUCAAAGAAAAAAAUUUAUCAUUGAAAUGUAAUUAACAUGAAAAUGAAAGGAAAGUAUUAAAUCACAGACCAAGCACUAA